UUAACUUACCAGUCAAACCUACCAGUCUAAUUUCUUCCCUUUUCUCCCAUAUUAUUUUUCUGACUGUUAUCAUUUUUAUCUUGGAUUAUACUAAUCUUCUUUCAGGCUCUCAAAUUACCAACACUUUCUAGAUUUGAUCAAAUUUUGAUCUAACCAACAUGGGUAACAAGAACAUACAAGCCAAGCUGGUGGGUGCUUCUUGGGGAUAUGGGAACAGGAAAAACAAGCUUAGUUUUGAGAUUUGUCAAAGGCCAAUUCUUUGAUUAUCAGGAAUCAACAAUUGGUGCAGCAUUUUUCACUGAGGUGUUGUCCUUAGAUAACACAAUUGUUAAGCUUGAUAUAUGGGACACUGCUGGACAAGAACGAUACCACAGCUUAGCUCCUAUGUACUACCGUGGUGCAGCUGCAGCUGUUGUCGUCUAUGACAUUACUAGCGCGGAAUCAUUUGAGAAAGCGAAAAGAUGGACACAGGAAUUGCAGAGGCAAGCAAGCCCUCAUAUGUUCACUGCAUUGGUUGGGAAUAAGGCAGACCUUGAUGAGAAGAGGGAAGUCGAUAACGAGGUAGCUGAACAAUAUGCUAAAGAAAAUGGGUUGCAUUUCUUUGAAACAUCUGCUAAAACUGCACAGAAUGUCAAUGAACUGUUUUAUGAAACAGGUUACUUCUCUACACUCUUUAACCAGACAGAAAAUUCAGGCAACGACAUUGGCAAAAACUUGCCCACCACGUACAAGUGGAAUGAAAUUGCAGAACAGACGCGAAGGAAGAACAACAUUUUGUUGCUUCAAUUGAUACAAUGCUCAUGUUCACUGAUAUGCUGAAUGACAUUGCCUCCAUGGGUAGAUGCUAGAACAUGCCAAAGUCAGAGGCUGGAACAUAACCCAGAUGUGAUUACAUAAGCUGAUAUUUGUGUAACUAUAUUGUGUAAAUUCUGAAUCUAGUUCUCUUACAAACUGCAUUAUGUUGUGCAGCUGUGCUCUUUCUUAUGUUAUUAAUGAAAGCAAAUUCUCUCCUACUGUUAAAA